AUGUCAUCCUACACAUUCUCCAGAGCGUCAUCAGACUCCUCGUCCUCAUCCUCAUCAUCGUCUUCAUCCUUUCAAUCAUCAUAUUCAAUGGAACCAAGAGUAGAAGUUAUGCGCUGCUCGAGAUGCGCCAAAACUGUCGAAACCAUCAGCACAAUGCAGUACCAAGGCAACGAGCUACGAAGAGUCAGCACAGAUGAUGCAAGCGCCAACGGCAUGGUACGAUUCGGUCACAACCUGUACUAUUGUGAUCGUUGUGCCAAGAUGGUUGGUUACAAGUGA